AUGAAUAUUUGCACCACAAUUGCCUCGUCACUCAAGGGAACUAUAAGCCUGGAAGCAAGUACGCUAAAGACCUUAACUAUCUCAUCGAAUCCGUCUCUCUCCUUGAACUUAAGAACGGUUUCGUCUAUGACUUAUGGCGAGGCUCCUGAUUCCGUUACCAUCGUAUUUCAGUGCCGUGGUGACUCCUACGGGCCCAAGUGUCGCUCCUGCUACGCCAUAGCCGUCGCCGGGCUUCGUAGAAGAUGUCCGAGAAACAAAGUGGCAAUAAUAUGGUACGACCAAUGUUUUCUCCAUGUUAAUAAGAUUGAAGUCCCAAUGCAAACGAUGGAUUACGAGAAUACUUUCUCUAUGCACAAUCCAAACAACGUGAGAGGAGAUAAAAGGUUGUUCAACAAGGAGACAAGAGAUUUCCUUAACGAACUGAUCCCUAAAGCCUUGAAACCCAACGCUAUCAACUAUGUAUAUUACGCGGCAGGGGAGAAGAGACUUGAGGCCAAUAGACUAUAUGCAAUGGUGCAGUGUGCACAAAACGCACUGAAGUGUAAGGUGUGUUUAGAAUCGAGUAUUAGGGAGCUUUCCAAGUGCUGCGACGAACACAUCCUCAUGACAAUUCUUAGUUAG